AUGCAUUACCUUCCACUAUUUGCGAAAGCUAUAGACCAAAAUCAUACACUGGUGAAACUACGGACAAAGCAUUCACUAAGAUUUUCUCAGGAAAAAUUGACAGGAGCUUUAGAACCAAUUGUUUUUCAUAUUAUUUGUGUGCUAGAGGCAUUAAAUCAAAACAAAAUACCUUUACAAGAUCAUUCGGAAUUUUUUGAUCACUUAAUGAAUAGAAUUAAAGACUCCAAGACUGUGGAUUGUACUAUUAUAGCGACCGAAUUCAAUGUUCCACCUAAUGAGAUUUUAAAAAAGGGAAUAAAGUGCUUUCAAUCUGUUUCAGACUUAUUAGACAAACCCUAUACAAUUGACGACUUGAAGAUAUGGAUAAAAAUAUGUCAGUCAAAGUCGAUAAGUGAAACUUUACCAUUCAUAACACCUGAUACCCCUUCGUUCAUAUUGUUUGAUAUUAUUUCCAGAAACAGCCCAUUCAGAGAAGAAUACAAAAUUCAAUCGGAUUUAUGGGUGAAUAACUUACUCAAAUUCAACAAAAUUAGACUCAAGGAUAAUAAUAUUUUGCAUUCGGCAUUUGAGAAUGUAAUAUACUACGCGAUUUUGCACGAACCUAAUGAUUUGAAGCAGCUAAUUAAAAAGACGUUGGAGGUAUUCAAUUUGAAAGAUGGAACCAGCGUGAAGUCUAAUCUACACUCUAAAUUAAUAUGGAACAUAGCAUACUACGCGUCAAAGUAUCAGAGAAUUAAUUACAUGGAAAUAGCAAAUGCUCAUGAAGUCAUAGUUCUGAAUUCAAAAUCUAAGAAUUAUCAAUUGACAAUGAGUGGAUAUUUGGGGAUAGCAUUUAUGAUGUCUGAUUUGUCACGAGCCAAAGCUAUCAAAUUAGUUGAAGUUGCAGAAAGAAAAUUCAUCAAUACGACUACAUCAAAGAAAGAUUUAGUAAACUAUCAUCUCACUAAAAUUUGGUUAGCAAAUACACCAGAAGAGGCAGCAAUUAUUUUUUCAACUGCAAUCGCUCGAUUUGCCAAAUCUUCUAAAUUGUGGUUGAUUUUCAUUCGUAAACUAAAAAAAUCUGGUGUUUUCACAGAAACGAGAGCCAUGAUGUUUUUUCGAAAAUUAAUUAAUUCAAAGGUGAAGUUGACAACCGACUUAGUAAAGGAAUUGUUGCACCCGAUUGAAAAUUAUUAUCAUAUGGAAGAAAUAUAUCACUUAACGAAGAGUGACCUUAAUAGUCAAAGCAUUAACAUUUUUUUGCCUAAAUAUAUUGAAAUUUUACAAAAGCAUAAGCAUGAUGAUCAAUUGCCUCAAACAUUUUUCCCGUGGGAUGAAUUUGCUAAUUUAGGAUGCAAUAGCUUUGAAGGGUUCAAGGGGUUCAAAACAAUAGAAAAAUAUUUGAUCAAAUUAUAUUCAACAUUUUCAUACAAAUCCAUACAAUUCAUUGCAUCAUAUAUGAAAGGUUUAACAAAAUCCCAAGACGUUUUCAGUUUCUAUGAGAGAGAAAUACUAGGGAAAGGUCACCUUCCAAAUGCCCUUUGCUUGAGCGUAUUGUUAGACUCAGCAAGGAAGUCAAAGAGUCCAGACAAAUAUACACAAUUCGCGAUAUUAGAGUUUGAACGACACGUCAGAAAGGAUAAUGUUAAAACUGGUAUCAUGCCGGAUGAUCGACUUUGGUUCAAAUACAUAACUUUACUAGCUAAAUUUGAAAAUAUUUCGGAAUUGUCUAAAAUCAUGAAAUGGUGGUUAGAUACAAAUUUCGAUCCCCAAAAAGUCACUUUAAUGCAACUACUAUAUGUUCUUCCUCAAGAGUUCACUUACAGGCAUAUAAAGCAUCACGAAAUUGCAAAACUGCAAAAAGAUUGGGAAUGGCCCACCAUGGAAGAAUAUAACACCUUUAAACAGAAAAAAAUUGCAUCUGUAAAUAGACUUGUAUAA